AUGAAUGAACCAUCACAACAAAGCUAUGGAAAAUAUAGUACCAAAGUAAAAUUUUCAUAUCCUAAGGGUCAAUCUUCAUUCCAAUUUGGACGUUUAGGAAUAGAAGAUUCUUACUUGACUGGUACACUCCAUCUUCAUUUUAAUAAAUUGUUUGUCAAUCGAAUUAUUUUAAAAUUUACUGGCACCGAGCAUGUAUAUUGGACUGAAACAAGAACAAGGAGUAUUAGCGAUGGGUGUCACACUGAAACAUAUUCAGCUACCAAUAUUUUAUGUUGUUUAUCUACAUGUUUAUUGGAAAACUCGGAUAAAUCUUAUCAAGAAAUAUCAAACAUGGAUUUACCAUUCAAAAUUAAAUUACCAGAAAAUAUUGCUUCAACUUUAAGGUUAGGAAUCGGAAAAAUAUUAAAUGUGAUUGUAACAUCUUAA